CUGUCCAGGUCCAGAACUUUCUCCAGUCAGCCUCUACAGACCAAGCUUAUGACUCACAAUGGCCUAUUUAGUCCCAUACCCUACCUCACGGCAGUCUCCGCAGAUGAGCCUACUGCCUCACAACAGCCUCCACAGGCACAGCUCCAUCGUUACAAUGGCCUCUUUAGACCCAGCUCCUGCCUCCCAGCCUUCUCUCCAGGCCCUGAACUUUCUCAAGUCGACCUCACCAGGCCCAGCUCAUGCUUCUUUGCAGCAUCUCCAGGCCCAGCUCCUGCAUCUUGGUGGCCCCUGCAGGCCCAACCUCUGCCUCCCAUCGGCCUCUACCGUCCCAACAUCUGCCUCACAGCAGAUUCUUCAGGCCCAUCAUCUGCCUCACUGUGGACCCCCCAAGCCAAGCUCCCAACCUUUCAGCAGCUUCUACACACCCAGCUCCUGCCACCCAGUGGCCUCUUUAGGCCAAGCUCACACUUCACAAGGGCCUUUCCAGGCCCAACUUUUGUCUCAUGGCAACCUUCCCUGGCCAGAUUCCUGCCUGUCUCCCAGCAGCCUAGACAGGCCCAGGUCUUGCCUCACACUGGCCUCUCUACAUCCAGCUCAUGCCUCACGGUGGCCUCUCCAGGCUGAACUCCUGUCCCAGGACGUCAUCUCCAGGCCCAAAACUUACUCAAGUCAGACUCUCUAG